AAGUUUUGCGUACAAUACACGCGUUACACUGCCACCAGCUGCGUCUGUCGCUGCAGAAUGCACCCCUGUCAUGUCACCGAGUCAGCUGAUAACAGCUUAGUGACGUUUAAAAGAGGAACCUGUUGGCAAUUAAUAAGACCCAGCGCCAUUUAUAAAGCCGUAUAAAGAAAGAACAGCAAAACAAAAGUUAAAAAAAACGCGACUAAGGCAUUCGGAGUCUUUAUUAUUAUUAUUAUUAUUAUUAUUAUUAUUAUUAUUAUUAUUAGUAGUAGUAGUAGUAGUAGUAGUAGUAGUAGUAGUAUUUAAAUGCUAUUGCACAUCCGUUUGCAAGGCGUGGACGAUAAACAACUACUAAACAGAAUCCCGUGUGCUGCCAUGGACAGUGUGAAGAUGGAAUCUGUCCAGAUUAAAGAGGAGCUCCUUGAAUCUAAACUUGUCCCCAUUAAAAUGGAGUUCUCUGGCCUGGCUUCCCUCCCCAUUAAACAGGAGAUAUGUGACUGCUGUCACCUACAGGUCUCUGAGAUUAAAGCUGAGCACAAUGAAUUGGAGACAAAAGAACACCUUUGUGUUAAAGAAGAGGUGAUGGACGUUGUCCGUAUUAAACAGGAGCCCCUUGAAGUAGAGUUUGACCACAUGGAACCAGUGAAGGAAGAAUCCGAGGACUUCAAACCAAACAUCCCUGACCUGGAGCCUGUACGCCUGCGGGAGUGUAGCGUGGUGCUGGAGAGAAUCUGCGUGAGAGAGCAAGGCGCUGGAGAGGAAGGCUCUCCCAACAGCAUGCAAGGAGGUGGAAAGGAAGACAGGCAUUCAUAUUCAAAACACAGUCUAGCAGGUUCCAGCCCAGCAGUUAAAGCGAGGGCGGGCGGUGGAGAAUAUCCUAACUGUGAGAAAGGUUUUGCCCAGUUAGAGCAUUUUAAAAAGCACAAGAGAGUUCGUAAAGGUGGUAAAUCGUGUCGCUGCUCUCAGUGUGGGAAGAGUUUAAGUAAUGCAAGACACCUGAAAAUACACCAGCGAAUUCACACAGGACAGAAACCGUAUAGCUGCUCUGAUUGUGGGAAGAGUUUCUAUAGAAAAGACAACCUGAAAAAACACCAACGAAUUCACACAGACCAGGACCUGUAUUGCUCUGACUGUGGUGUAAGUUUCAGUAGAAAAGCCAGUCUGAAAAAACACCAGAGAUUUCACACAGGAGAGAAACCGUAUCGCUGCUCUGACUGUGGGAAAAGUUUCAAUCGGUCAGAACACCUUGAAAAACACAGACGAAUUCACACAGGAGAGAAGCCAUAUCACUGCUCUGACUGUGGGAAGAAUUUCAGUCGGUCAGCACACCUUCAAAGACACCGGCGAAUUCACACAGGAGAGAAACCGUAUCACUGCUCUGACUGUGGGAAGAGUUUCAGUCAGUCCGGAGAUCUGAAAACACACCAGCGAAUUCACACUGGAGAGAAACCGUAUCACUGCUCUGAAUGUGGGAAGAAUUUUAGACAGUCCGGAGAUCUGACAGCACACAAGCGAAUUCACACGGGAGAGAGACCGUACCACUGCUCUGUAUGUGGGAAGAGUUUCAGUCAUUCAGGACACCUGAAAAAACACCAGCGAACUCACUCAAGAUAGAAACCGUAUUACUGCUCUGAUUAUGGGAGAGUUUCUGUGUUAAACACACCAGCGAAUUCAGAGAGGAUAGAAACCUUAAAGACCAUGUUCAAUGGCACUUUUCACUCAUUAGGAAAACAUUUUUAACCUUGCAUUAUGAAUCCUUGUAAUAUUUGUUUUUGGGUAUCACUCCUAAGAGCAUACAUUGUAAAUGGUAAAAAUUCACUUCAAUUGCUUGCACCCUGAUAGUGUCAGAAAGUGGGCAGUGACACGGACACAUCACAAGAGGCUUCUCUGCUGCUGUCAAUGCAGUCAGAGUGGGAAUGUGCAGAAAGGAAACCCAUCUGCAACUAUCAGGAGCAAUCCAUAACUCGUGCGGUGAAUGAGUUUCAGGGUUUAGGAUUUAAACUUAAUUUGAAAAUAAAUUGAUGGGAACGAGUAUCCUGACCCUGGUAUGUAGCAUCCCUGAGACCAGACUGCAAUGUCCUGAUUUGUCUUGUAAAUUCAUCAUGGUUCUAGAAUAAAUGAAAAACUAUACUGUCCUAUAACUGUAUUAUGACAUAAAUGACUGAAUAUUGCGCGACCGUGUAGUUUUGCAUUGUGCAUUGUCCAGGCUUUUAUUUGUGCCUGCUUUUGUAAACUGACCCAAAUAAUACCAGUGUAGCAAGCAUGUGUAUGGAUCUUCACGGAGGAUUGGUAAUUUCAGGUAACACAGCUGCGUUGUGUGAGGUUCAAGCUUCAGAAUGUUAGCAAGCUCAUACUCUGCGUUGUAGUUCCCACUGUGGAGAACUGGAAAACAUGGACCUGGGAAUACUUGGAUCUGAGUGGACUAAAGGACUGAACCUAUACUGAGGUGCUCCACUUUCUCGUGCCCGCCAGUGUACAGUUGCUUGUUUUGCAGAAAUCCAGUUCGGGCUUUUUUGUCGACUGCUUCCAAAGCAUAAACAAUUGUGAUUGAAAGAAGUUAGCGGCUGCUGACAGAAAGAAAUGGCUCAGAAGAAUUGAUUUUUUUUGCUGUCUAUUUAGCUGUACUAUAGUAAUAAUGCUAAGUUUAAAGAGUAAGUAGCAGGGUUCCGAAACGUUUCACGUCCCCACGUGUUGCUACAACUGUUUAAAUAACAUACCUGUCAUUUUCCUUUUCAUUGCUACAUCCUGACAACUUUUUCCACUUAUAACUUUAAAGUAUUUUCACAAUGGCUGCUCUACUACACUGAUAGUGUAAGGAUUAUUGCCUACAUUGUCAAACAGGUAACACAGCAAGAAUGAUCCAUGAUGUGGUACGGAACAGAAAAGCCAGAGCACUUAAGUGGGGAUGCCUGGGUCAGUAGAAUGCUUGUGUUUAAUAUUGAGAGCAGCGGGGAUGCCUGGGUCAGUAGAAUGCUUGUGUUUAAUAUUGAGAGCAGUGGGGAUGCCUGGGUCAGUAGAAUGCUUGUGUUUAAUAUUGAGAGCAGUGGGGAUGCCUGGGUCAGUAGAAUGCUUGUGUUUAAUAUUGAGAGCAGUGGGGAUGCCUGGGUCAGUAGAAUGCUUGUGUUUAAUAUUGAGAGCAGUGGGGAUGCCUGGGUCAGUAGAAUGCUUGUGUUUAAUAUUGAGAGCAGUGGGGAUGCCUGGGUCAGUAGAAUGCUUGUGUUUAAUAUUGAGAGCAGUGGGGAUGCCUGGGUCAGUAGAAUGCUUGUGUUUAAUAUUGAGAGCAGUCGGGAUGCCUGGGUCAGUAGAAUGCUUGGCUUUCCUUUUGAUCUUUAUGGAAUUUUGCUUUUGUGGAUUCUUUUCCUAUGCCUGUUUUAUUCUCUUUUAGACAGAAAAAAAUGUGUUUGUGGCUUUUAGUGUGUGUUUCUUACUGUUAUAAAAUUGUCAAAACGAAUUAAUAAAAAAAUAUUUGUGUACCAUAA